UGCGUGUGUGUUGUUGAUGAAAUAAUUCACUCGCGAUUUUUAUUUGAGGGUCUUUGGUUCAGUCUAUUGUUGGUCUUCUCAGUGUGUCGGUUGUUUUUUCUGUGAUCAAAUUAGUUAAGAUGACCACGUCGGAGCUAAUAAUGGUUAAUUCAUGGAACGACCACUACAACACAGAUAAUUGCAAUAUUAAGAUCACCAACAAGAAACUAAAGAAAGAGCUCUAUGAGGUAGCCAGUAGGGAACUUAGAGAAAGUGAGUCUAGCCGCAAAGAGUGUCUGGAACAUCUCAGAAACUGGAUUAAACAGAAUCCUGAUAUAGAAAACUGUCUUACAGAUGAUGCUUUUUUACUUCGAUUUCUUCGAGUUAAGAAGUUCAGCAUUCCUAUGGCAGAACAGACUCUCUUGAAGUAUCUCAAUUUUCGAAAAAGAUUCAAAUACUUUAUGGACAAUUUAGACUGUUGUCAUCCUAAUGUAUCAGAAAUAAUAGGCGACGGAUUUAUAUAUGUAAGCCCCUUUAGAGAUACCUGUGGUAAAAGAGUUGUUCUGUACGAUGUAUCAAAAUUUAAUCUUCAGAAAUUCAACGGGGCUGAUCUAGCCAAAGUGUUUGCCAUUACUUACGAAACCCUAACGGAUGACGAAGAGAAUCAGAUAUUGGGAGUUAAACACGUAGGAAAUUUGGAAAAGGCUAGUUUAAACUAUAUUCCUUUGUUUACUGCUACAGAUUUUGCAAUAAUGAUAAGGUGGGGUGAGCAAUCAAUGCCGAUGCGUCAUAAAGAAAUCAAUGUAAUUAAUUUUCCUCCAUACAUAAAAUUCGUUUACGAAUUUAUGUUGUCCAUUGCUAGUGAGAAGUUAAAAAGUAGAGUCAAUAUUCAUUCGUCUUUAGAACAACUUCACAAAAAAGUGAGCAAGCACUGCCUGCCAGCCGAACUUGGAGGAGAUAUGCCCGAGAAAGAAAUGAUAAGGCUCUGGAAGCAAGAAUUGGAAGCAAAAAGAAAACGUCUUCUUAGCUACGAUGAAAUGAAUCUUCUCAGCGAUAGAGGUAUUAUUAGAAGAAGAAAACCACCAUCGAUAGACGAAACUGGAAGUUUAGCUGGCAGUUUUAGACAAUUACAAGUAGAUUAGAUAAUUUUUGUUUUAAAUUUUUUGUGUUAAUUAUUGUAUAUGUCACCAAAGUUUUAAACUGUAGAUUUGAUAUUGAUUCAAGUACUUAAUAUCAUAGUACCUAUAAUUUAAUCUAGUUUAGCAUAGCGAUCUUGUAGAAGUUGCUUUGUUUUAUUGAUAUUAUUCUG